GUUUAUGUUGAAUGUUCAUUGAGAAUCAGUUGCUUGGUGUGAUUGUAACAUUUUUUAAUUGUCUUUAAGAAAUUGAUCUAUUUUUUAUUCUAUUUUAUCAAUUUUAUCAAUUGCUCAAUUCUAAAUUAGUGUCAAGUGUGUGUAUUGUCCCAAGAUGGAUUUUGAAGAGAAACCAUUUCUUCGAGAAUGUAAAGACAUCAUUGAAGGUUCAUUCGGUGCUUAUCUUAAUCUGAGUCAACAAAUCGGUGAUUUAGUUAAUCAACAUGCUCAAAUGGUACGUGAAGCUGUUUCCAAGCUUUAUUCUUUACUUAUUUUAACUGGUAACCACAGUAAACCAGACACAGGAAUAUUUAUGCAGCUACUUAAGCCCUUAUCAGAAAGUAUAAUGGCCAUUCAAGAAUUUCGUGAAAAAAAUCGAGCCUCUUCUUGGUUUAACCAUUUGUCCGCCAUCUCUGAAUCUAUUGGUGCUCUUGGUUGGGUAACAGUUUCUCCCACUCCUGCUCCCUUUGUGAAAGAAAUGACCGAUGCUGCUACAUUUUAUACUAAUAAAGUUCUAGUGGCUUAUAAAGAGAAGGACAAGACACACAUUGAUUGGGCCAAAGCUUGGCUUCAAUUUCUCAAUGAUCUUCAAAAGUAUAUUCGAGUUCAUCAUACCACUGGUCUUACUUGGAAUUCACGAGGAACCCCUGCCACUGCAUCAGCUGGUGCUCCUUCUGCAGGUGGACCUCCUCCACCUCCACCACCACCACCAGCUGAUCUUUUUGCCGACCCCAUGAAAUCAGGACCCGGUGGUGAUGAUACUCGAAGUGCUUUGCUUAAAGAGCUUAACAGAGGAACUGAAAUUACCAAAGGUCUCAAGAAAAUCACCGCUGAUCAACAAACUCACAAGAAUCCGGCUUUAAGAUCUUCAGGUCCAGCACCUUACAAAGCACCUUCAUCAACUUCGCAACCAGUUGUUAAAUCAGUUGCCCCACCAAAACCUCCUCGUUUCGAGUUGGAAGGUAAAAAAUGGAUGAUUGAAUAUCAAUCAGGUAAACGAGAUCUUACCGUUAGUGAUACCGACAUGAGUCAAUCUGUCAACAUCUACAAAUGUAAAGAUUGUCUGGUUGUGAUUAAAGGAAAGGUAAAUUCAAUCACCGUCGAUUCUUGUACCAAACUUUCAUUGGUAUUUGAUGACAUCGUUUCCGUCGUAGAGUUUGUCAACUGUCAAAAUAUUCAAGCUCAGAGUAUGGGCGCUGUACCAACUGUCAACAUUGAGAAGACCGAUGUAGUCGAGGUCUACUUGAACGCUAAAUCACUUACCGCUGAAAUCGUCACCGCCAAAUCAUCAUCAGUCAAUGUUUCAGUCCCUUCUGCCAAUGGUGAUUUCGUUGAACAUCCUAUUCCGGAACAAUUCAAAUCAAUUUUCAACGGAUCAGUCUUCAAAACGGAACCUGCUGAUAAAGCAGCCUAAUCUUUUCUCUCUGUCUACAUUUAUCCCUCUGUCUUUUUUUUCCAUUUGUAUCUCAUUAUCUGCUACCUUUUCUCUAUCUAAUUUUACCUAAUAAUCUAUGUGAACACAACCCUAAUAGGCGAAAACCAUUGAAUCAAUAUCAGAAUGAUAUCAACUUGAGAAGCGAGAGUUUAUCAGCUGAAACAAAUCAACGACGAGAGCAAUACAUGGGAAAACAGGAGAGGUGUAAAAGACAAUCAAAUUUAAUCAGUGGAAAACAACUUUAAAUGAUCUUAUCGACGAGAUUUUUAAAUGAUCAUCAGAAAAGGAGCAAAGAGACAAAAAAAACAACCGAAAAUCAAUAAAAGGCAAAACAAGAACCCAAAAGUAACAAGUUUCCAGAUAAUAAAUACGUUUAAUUUCAUCUCUAAGGUGAUAAAAAGUGUAAAUUGUUCAUAUCUUAAUGGUAGUGAUGAUGAUGAUGAAAACCUGAGGAUCAUCCGGUAAACAAAGUGCAGGGUGAAAAAUAGAUGAUGAUGAUGAAUGAAAGGAAGAAGCUAAUUAAAGCAACUUGAAAAAAUGA